UUAUAGAAUCAACAUUUGAUUUUAAUUCAAUAAUUUUAAUAAAAAAAAAAAAACAAUUAUUAUUAAAAAUGGCAUUCAAAUUUGCAGCUAUUUUAGCUUUUGCUACCGUUGUAUCAGCUGGUAUUUAUCAUCAUGAACCAGUACUUGUACAUCAUGCACCAGCACAUCAUACUGAAAUAGUACAUGCUGCACCAGCUGCUAUUUUACAUCAUGCUGCACCAGUUUUACAUUUACAUGCUGCUCAUGGUGAUCAUCAUCAUCAUUCACAUCAUGAUGAUCAUAGUGCACCACAACCAUAUGAUUUCAAAUAUGGUGUACAUGAUAGUCAUACUGGUGAUGUUAAAGAUCAACAUGAAUCAAGUGAUGGACAUGGUAAUGUACAUGGAUCAUAUAGUUUAGUUGAUGCUGAUGGUUUUAAACGUACCGUAAAAUAUUCUGCUGAUCCACAUAAUGGUUUUAAUGCUGAAGUACAUCGUGAACCAUUAGGACAUCAUGGACAUCAUGCACAUGUUAUUGCAGUACCAGCUCAUCAUGCUCAUGAUGGUCAUCAUCACUUCUAAGAAGUGUUACGAUUCUUAAUUUUUUUUAAACGAUCAUUCAUCCAAAUUAUUUGUUUUAUUUAUUCUAUUACACUGAAAAAAAAAAUUUAGAUAAAAAAAAAAGUAUUACAAUUUUAUUUUUUA